UCAUCAUAUCAAUAGAAUAAAAACAAAAAUUAAAUGAUUAUCUCAAUAAACACAGAAAAAGCAUUUGACAAAACCCAACUUCCUUUCAUGAUAAAGAUACUACCAACUGGAAAAUAGAAGGGGGCUUCCGCAAUCUGAUAAAAGUCAUCUAUGAAAACUCAUAGCCAAAAUUAUAUUUAAUGGCAAAAUGAAUGCUUUGUCCUAAAAUCAGGACCACCUCAAUGCUAUCUGCUCUUAGCAUGACCAUACAGCAUUACAUUAGUGGUGCUAGCCUUAGCAACUAGACAAGACAAGAAAGGCAACUGGAUUAUAAUGGAAGUGAAACUAUCUGUAUUAGCAGAUAACAUAAUUUUGUAUAUAGGAAAUCCUAAAAAAUUCACUUGAAACCUGUUAGAACUACUAAAUUAAUUCAUCCAGGUUUCAGGAUACAAGAUCAUAUAUAAAAAUAAAUUUUACUUCUACACACUUGUAAUGAACAAUCCCAAACUGAAAUUAAAACAAUUCCUUUUAGAAUCAUAUCAAAAAGAAUAAAAUACCUAGAAAUAAAUUUUAACAAAGAAGUAAACCUUAGACUCUGAAAAUUACAAGACAUUAUUGAGAGAAAUUAAAGAUCUAAACAAGUGGAAAGCAUCUCAUGUUUAUAGAUUGGAAGACUUAAUUUACGUUGUUAAGAUGGCACUAUUCCCCAAACUGAUCUACAUAUUCAAUACAAUCCCUGUCAGAAUCUCAGCUUACUUUAUGUAGAAAUGGGCAAACUAGUUAGAAAAUUCAAGUAGUAUCGCAUAGACCCAGUACAGCCAAGGUGAUCUUGAAAACUAAGAGCAAACAAUGACAAUUCACCUUUCCUUAUUUCAUGACUUAAUACAAAGCAAUGGUAAUUAAGAUAGUGUGGUACUGGCACAAGGACAGACAUAUCGCUCAAUAAAACAAAUGAGAGUCCAAAAAUAAGCCCGUAUAUCUGUGGUCAACUGACUUUCAACAAGGGUUUCAAGAACAUGCAAUGGGAUAAGAAUAGACUUUUCAACAAGUGGUGCUUAGACAAGCAGAUUUCUACAUGCAGAAGAAUAAAUUUGGACCUCUACUUCAUGCCAUAUACAAAAAUUAACUCAAAAUAUAUCAAAGACCCAAAUGUAAGAGUUAAAGUUGUAAUAUUCUUACAGUAAAUGAUAGGGGUAAUCUUUAUGACCUGAGACUUGGCAAAAGAUUCUUAGACAUGACAUCAAAAGCAUAAGCAACAAGAGAAAAAUGGAUAAAUUUGGUUUCAUCAAAAUGAAAAACAUUUGUGCCUUAAAGGACACUAUCAUUAAACUGAUAAGACAACUCACAGAAUGGGAGCAAUGAUUUGCAUAUCGCAUAUCUAAUGAAGGACCUGUCCCUAGACUAUAUAAAGAACUCUUACAACUCAGCAAUAAAAAGACAAUUAACUCAAUUUUAAAAUGAGCAAAAAUCUGAAUUACUAUUUCUCCUAAAAAGAUAUAAAAAUAUAUGCUUAUUAGUAUAUGAAAAGAUGUAAGAACCAGCGGGUAGGGCCAGGCAUUGGGAGAGCUCCCCACGCAGGACAAGAUGGCAUCUUCUGCACAGCUGGACUUCAACCUGCAGGCUCUUCUGGAGCAACUCAGCCAGGAUGAGUUGAGCAAGUUCAAGUCUCUGAUCAGAACAAUCUCCCUGGGAAAGGAGCUACAGGCAGUCCCCCAGAUGGAGGUAGACAAGGCUAAUGGGAAGCAACUGGUAGAAAUCUUCACCAGCCACUCCUACAGCUACUGGGCAGGGAUGGCAGCCAUCCAGGGAUUUGAAAAGAUGAACGAAACCCAUCUGUCUGAGAGAGCUGAUGAACGUCGUGUGAUGCCCCUACUUUCACCCCUCCGGGAUAGUGAGUUGAUGGCUGAGCUAGAUGUUGCUUUAGCCUUGGUUCUGCCUCUGUUUUACAUGCACAUGUCACUUAACCUUGUUAUAUAUGAAAUAUCUAUAUCACCAGUAUAUUGAGAGAAAUAAAGGUGAAAUAAUUCACAUCCCCCCACUCAAAGGACUUUGAUGCAAAAGGGCAGAGAAGAGUGGUAGAUAAACAAUAAGAGCACAUGUGAUAAGUGUCUUGAAUGAGAUAUGGAAAUAAGGCUAGGGGAUUCCAGGGGAUGGAAACAUUCAAGCCUUCAAGAACGUCAAGCAAUUCUGUAUCAGUAGUUGGCAUUUCAAUAGACUUUGAAGGAUGGAGAAUUUGCCACUCUCGACUAGGGGAAAGGAUGCCCAAGUGGAGGAACAGCAUGAGCAGAA